ACGUCAUUAGCUGUUUUUAUAUAUUGUAGAGCAGCUUCCGGGAACUCUUGGGAUUUAAAUAGACACAAUAUUGACCUUGAAUUUGCCAGUGACGAUUGCUGCAUCUAGGCCACUGAAGAUGUUAGAUUUAAUGAACAAAACUGGUUUGAGAGCGAGGACAAGGACAGAGGGUGAUGGGAGGUGAUGAGGUGAGCGCAUGCGCGGAGCGUGACGUUAUAUCGACUAUUUGCACCCUCCGGAGGCGGCAGGGUUCCCGCGCAUGAUGUUGCGCGCGCAGCCGCUGGCUGCGGGGUCCGAUCGGCCCGAGCUCUCCCCGGGACCCCAUUACGUAACUAAAACGCACAGAAGGGCGCACAAACAAUGUGAUUUUAUUUAUUUUACCAAUUUUUUCUACAGUUUUUCAAUUAUACAAUUUUAGGAAUAGGUGUCGCGCGACUAGUAAAUUUGUUUUUCUUUCAGUUACGUUUAAUGUAUAGGAUAUUGUCAGUUAUUAUGUACAGUCAGUGCACUUUUGCUAAACACUAGGUAACCAACCAUUUCGUAUGCGCAAUAUUCUAAUAUUAGAAUCGAGAUUGUUAGUAUAAAAUUUGAACGUUGUAAAAUAAUGUUUGUGGAAAUUUAAAGUGACUUAAUUUGGCGAUCGAUCGGUUUACAAAAUUUAUAAGUAAUAAGUAGGUAGUGUAGUACAUGUAGUUGAAAUGUUUGUUAACAUUAUAACCUAUGCAAUGAUGUUAGGAAAAUACAAAACAUUAUGAAAAUUUCAUGAAAAUUUUCAAAAUCUGCAUAGGCUGUUCUGUCAACGGAAGUUUUGACGAUACUUCGCAGUCAUGACAAUGGAAAGGGAUCGCGGUGAGCGCGACUAUAUCGGUUUCGCGACACUCCCGGAGCAGGUGCACCGUAAGUCUGUGAAGCGAGGCUUCGACUUCACGCUGAUGGUGGUCGGCGAGUCCGGUCUCGGCAAGUCUACACUCAUCAAUAGCCUCUUCUUAGGAGACCUCUACAGAAAUAGAACGAUACCCGAUGUACACGACAGAUUAGAAAAGACGACAACUAUAGAGAAAAAGACGAUGGAGAUCGAAGAGCGAGGUGUGCGACUACGGUUGACGAUAGUGGACACACCGGGCUUCGGGGACGCCAUCAACUGCGAAGACUCGUGGCGUGUCUGCUCCGCGUACGUCGAUGACCAGUUCCGGCAGUACUUCACCGACGAGAGCGGUCUCAACCGCAGGCACAUGCAGGACAAUAGGGUGCAUUGCUGCCUGUACUUUGUACCUCCCUGGGCUCAUAGCCUGAGGCAAGUGGACGUGGAGAUGAUGCGGCGGCUGCACAGGAAGGUGAACAUCGUGGUCGUUAUCGCUAAGGCAGACUCACUCACUGUCAUGGAAGUUAAGAAGCUGAAAGCGCGCAUACUUCAGGACUUAGAAGACUAUCAAAUACAAGUGUACCAGUUCCCUGAGUGCGACAGCGACGAGGACGAGGAGUUCAAGCAGCAGGAUCGCGAGCUGAAGGCGGCGGUGCCCUUCGCCGUGGUCGCUGCAGACACCGUCAUGGAGAUCGGUGGACGGCGCGUGCGCGGCAGACAGUACCCCUGGGGCAUCGUUGACGUGGAGAACCCGCGUCACUCGGACUUCACAAAGCUGCGCACGAUGCUGAUCUCUACGCACAUGCAGGACCUGAAGGAUGUGACGCAGGACGUCCAUUACGAGAACUUCCGCGCGCAGUGCAUCUCACAGAUAUCGCAGCACGCAUUGCGCGAACGAGGAAAACUGAAGAGAGAUUCCAUGGGCAAUAACAAUGAAGUAGUUUUUACAGACACCGAUCGUUUAUUACUACAAAAAGAUGAAGAGUUGCAAAGUCAUGUGGAGAUACGACGCAUGCAGGACAUGUUGACACAAAUGCAGGAGAAACUCAAGGCUUCUGAUAAAAAGCACGACAGCAUUAUAGAUGUAUAAAACAUAGACUGCAAUAAUUAGUUGUACCGUUAUUUAUAAACGUAUCUUAAGAUACAAACUUUAAGGCAGCCUACGGAUACAGUAAGCUCUUGCACAAGCGGCGUCCGACAAUCCCUUCAUAUCCCGUCGAAAAUAGAAUUUGUCUCAAUUGCGGCGUCACGUGCGAAAUUGCGAGCCGCCGUAGAGUUUGAAUGGCAGUGUAUAAAUGUUUUCACAUAUCUUUGCGACUCUUAACUUCGCACUGAUGACCUUGGGCCGCCAAGAUAUAUGAAAAGAUUUCUAUCUCUUCCCCUAGAUAGUAGUUAACUAUA